AUGGCAUCAAGCAAGCCAAGAACGCUUGAAGGCAAAGUCGCCAUCGUCACCGGCGCCUCACGCGGCAUAGGCGAAGCAAUCGCCUUCGACCUCGCCUCCCGCGGCGCCAAAGUAGCCAUAACCUACUCCAGCGACCGCUCCCGCGAAGGCGCCAACAACCUCAUCACCCGCAUCGAAUCCGAAGCUCACAGCAGCGCCAUAGGAAUCCAAUGCAACCUCCAAGAGCCCUCCGCACCCCAGCAGAUCGUCGACGAAACUCUCAAAGCCUUCGGCCCUCAUAUCGACAUCCUCAUCAACAACGCCGCCAUCAUCUCGGAUAAGAAGUUGGAGGAUGUGACAGCUGAUCACUUCGAUGAAGUAUUCCACCUCAACGUGCGCGCCCCUCUGUUCAUGAUCCAAGCCGUCCUUCCACAUCUCCGCCGUCCAGGCCGGAUCGUCAAUAUCUCCUCAGUCGGCGCUCGGCAGGGAUACCCCGGGACAGGGACAUACGCGGCGUCAAAGGGGGCGCUCGAGGCGUAUACGCGUAACUGGGCCGCGGAGCUGGGGAAGGAUGGAACUACGGUGAAUUGUGUCAACCCUGGACCUGUGCAGAGUGAGAUGCUGGAUCAGGUGGCUCCGGAGAUCGUCAAGCCGCAGAAGGAGGCGACGUUGGUGGAGCAGAGGGUUGGGAAGCCGGAGGAGGUCGCGGAUGUUGUGGCAUUUUUGGCGGAGGGGAGGAGUAGUUGGGUCAGUGGGCAGUGUAUUUCCGCGAGUGGGGGCUACCAUUGUUACUAG